GAAGGGGACGCAGGCGCGGCGCCCCGAAUGCGACGCGACCGCUCCCAUUCCGUCGUUGUCGCGACUUGGGGGCGGUUGCAUGUCGGUUCCGAAAAGGCGCCCGACCCUUGACGAUGUCACGAGACUGGGCGGGGCGCCUCCUCUGGUGCUCCUGACGAAGACGUCCACCGCAAGUGAGAGACGCGUCGUCGACGGCGCGAUGUUGUGAUGUGUGCUCACCGAGACCCCUUUGUGACUACCGAGGAGAUCCACGAACGCCACUGUGUCGAGUCUCGUUGUUCUAAGUGCCACCCCGAACGCUACUGCUGCCGCCUCUGCCCCAGGACGACAUGGCCGACGUUGAGGACCUCUUGAAUACGUCGAACUGCUGUCUGCAAGGGACACAGUAUGGCCCCAGUACACCGGCACAUCUCAGGGAGAAGUCUUAUUCUGUCAUUCCUCUGUCUACAAGCCAUAUGUCUUCAAGUCACUAGCGAGUGUGACCAAACGUUCGUCAGUCGGUUGGGGGGCCCAACGAACGGUACCUUUCACGCCCCUGAUUUUUUGAACCCCAGGGGUCAUUCUCGUCAGUGCGUUUAUACAUUUCAUGCAGGACCUGGUCAGAGGGUGCAGAUCCGCUUCACCUCCUUUCAACUGAGGGGAACACCCCCGGAUGGAGCUGCUGUCGGGGAUCUUCCUUCCUGUGUCCACGAAUAUAUGGAUGUAUAUUCAGAAGUGGUACAGCCGGAUGCUGCGGAACUGAUCAAUUCUCCUUUUGGAGGAAGGUACUGUGGGCCCAUACCACCUAGACUGAGAGUGUCACUAUACAGGACCAUGGCAUUGGCUUUUUACACAGACAAGAACGUUUCAACGCCAGAAUUGUUCUCAGGCAGAUACAGCUUCAUCAACGACACCGAGUACGAGGUCGGCAGUCCAGUGGCGGGUAGCCCUUGCAGUUUCCUGGUGAAGGGCGCUGUGAGGCCGACGGGGGUGAUCGUAUCCCCCACCUACCCUGGUGCCUACCCCAAGGCAUUAAACUGCCACUUUCAGUUCUUGGGAGUGCCCGGCGAGAGAAUACGCAUCGAGUUCAGGGACUUUGACCUCUUCUUCGGAGGACCGCACUGCCCUUUUGAUUACGUGAAAGUCUACGAUGGUCCCGACAACAAUUCCGCAGUUAUAGGAACGUAUUGCGGUCAACAACGUAAUCUGGUCGUUUAUUCCUCAGAAUCAGCGCUUCUAGUAGCCUUCGUAACCCUCUCCCGCACUGCCAACACCCAGAAUAGAGGCUUCAAAGGCAUCUUCGAGUUCUCGAAUUCCUUCACGAAACUAGAUUUUAUAAGCAAAAACGACGGAGAACACAUAAGAGGCACUGAAUGCGACCAGAAGAUCCUCAGCAAAAAAGAAUCCAGUGGAUUCGUCUUCAGCCCUAACUACCCUUUCCCUUACAUGCCAAAACUGGUCUGUCGUUAUUUCAUAUACGGUAUGCAGGACGCACAGCAUCUCGAGAGAGUCCGUCUGGAGUUUGUGCUCUUCGACAUCCCCAAGGGUCCCAAAGGAGACUGUACAGACGGUUACCUGAAGAUCUACCUAAAGGGACAAGAGACUACAGAUUCCUACGACAAAUUCGAUCAUGAAAUGUGUGGCGAAGAGAGUUUGCCAGCUGUUGUCGUUUCAGAAGGACCAAGAUUGGUGAUGGUCUUCAGUAGCGGGGAGCUGAUGGGGCGUGGUUUUAAAGCCAACUACACCUUUGAAACAGAGUAUCGUGUUCCUGGGACUGCAGCCCCUGAUGGUACCUGCUCGUUCACGUAUCGGAGCUCGAGUAAAAAGAGUGGGGAUUUCAACUCGCCCCGCUACCCCUCCAACUACCCGAGUGACAUGAACUGUUCAUAUUUGUUCUUGACGAACAACAACGAGCAAGUUACACUCAUUUUCGACAAUUUUAAGAUACACGCUGAUUCAGCAAACGCUUCUGUUGGCUCCUAUGGAGUUGUUUUAUGUCAAGAAGACUGGUUAGAAAUAUAUAACGUAUAUCGUGACAGUACGGAAAAAAUGGUAGGAAGGUACUGCAGCACUUCGGCUCCAGGUCCUAUCGAAUCAAAUAGAGGUGCUAUAGGGUUGAAGAUUGUUCUUCACACAGACUCUGAGGGUGUAUAUAGUGGUUUUAAGGCGAGAUACAGUUUUGAGUCAGCGAAGUCUAUAUUUGGGGACUGUGGGGGUAACGUCAGUAGCCUUGAGUCUGGUGUCAUAUCCACUCCCAAAUUUCCAGCCAACUACGAUGUCCCAGCGAGAGGGCAAUCGUCAGUUAGCUGUAAUUGGUAUGUCAGCGUGCGUCCCAAAUAUAAAAUACUGCUCAAUUUUGAGAGGUUUGCGAUCGAGGGGGAUCCUGCACUCCGAGGUUGUCCAGCCGCUGUAUUAAGACUUUGGACUGACUUAUCAUCAUAUCCCAAAGAACUCUGUGGAGAAAAAGGUGCUAUGGAUAAAUGGGAAUAUCUUUCAACGUCGAACACCAUGAGGUUCAGUUUUGUGGCAGCUGAUAAGGCAGUUGGAGCUCAAGGUUUUCGAGCUGUAUGGACAGAGGUCCAGGAGGGGCCUAGCUGUGACGAGUUCCAGUGUGAAACUAGCGGUUUCUGUAUUCCUAAUAAGCUCAAGUGCAAUUCGGUGAACAACUGUGGUGCUGAGGAUAACUCAGACGAAGCUGAUUGUGUCAAGGACACUCCUAAGGAGGAUCACACACUGCUCCUGAUGGGUGCGAUAGCCGCCAUAUUGAUAGUGCUAGUGACUCUGUGUGUUAUAUGCCACCGGAAACGUAGACGGCGUAGAAGGGGGGUUCACAGACCGCUCCAGCUCCCCGUCCCGGCUGGUUCCUCGCGUAGGCCCCCUCCGCGCAUGUGCGAAGAACUUGGCGAGCGUUUCGCCACCGUGGACAGUGUUUGAUGCCGAUUUUGCGUCGCAUAGAUGGCGCUAGAGUUCUUGGUGGGACUGUCGGCGGUACUGACACGCGCUACAGGGUCUAAAAACGUGAUUACGGGUUUCAUGGGAUUGGGGAUUUUGAUGGUUAGGGAAGAAUGUUGAUGGGAGGAUCUUAGAGCUUCUAGAAAAAUUUUGAUAGAUUUUAAGCGGAGUUUUUUGUGUUGAUUUUCGACUACUCUUUUGAGUUUUCAGUCUUUCCACCACUAGAAGAACCUUCUACCUCAAUUACUAGUCUUUUUAUUCUUGAAAAUCAACAUCUUUCUUCUUCUUAUGUACCCAUUUGAGUCUUUUCACCAAUUCCUUCUCGGUUUCUAGUAGCUCUUAGAUGAUACAGAUCGAACGCCUGAUCCUUCUUGUCUGGUUUUGUGGAGCCCAAGCAGAUGUUGACAAUGCAAGAAAUUUUUAUAUGGGGUAGACUAGGACGCUUAUAGCAAUUAAAUUUUAUGCACCAAAUGAUAACACCAUAGAAAACGAUUCUAUUAUAGCUUUGGAUUUUGGUGAAUAUAAUGGAAGAAUCCGCCAUGAAUCGAAUGUUCCCAACAUUUCAUGAAGGCAUCAAUCGAUUUCAUGUCUUUUGUUUCAUAUUGCAGAAGUUUUCAGUCCUCACCAAAACACAAGAGUUGCAUUGAGAACAUUUUUGUUUCAUAAUUGUUACUGUUUUUCUAAGGUUUGCAUUAAUUUCCAUCAUUUAUGUUUCUGAGAUACUAGGAUGUUUCUCCAUAUCUAUAAGGUAUUCGUUUUACAAUAUGUUCUCUCUUUUACAUCCAUUCAACAAAUCACUUCUCGAUCUAAGGAGUUGAUCGGUAACUGCUGACUUUUUUGUUGAAUCUUUCAAGAUGAACAGAUGUUGUAAAAUUUGUGUCGAUAUGAUUGUUUGCAUAGAAUUACACCUACAAUCGAUGUGAAAACCUAAACCUCAACUGAUUUUGUACUAGAUAUAAUAAUUGAAAAUCUUGAAAACAUCAUUAAUGCUAACAUUCAAUAGAAAUUUUCUAAAAAAAAAUUUAUUAGAAGGGAGUUCAGUAUCGUGCCUUAUAUUCUUUGAAAAUAUACCAUCGUAGGGGUGUAAUUAUAAAUAUUUCUGUUUUCGUAAACUUUUCACAUAAUGAAAACGACAAAGAUUACUCAAUUAUCCAAUCACUCAAUCAAAUCUUUCGCAUUUAAUUACUAUCUCCCUGUAUUCUUAGUUGAUUUAACUUGUCCAUCCCUUUGAGGUUAGGCAUAUGACAUCUUUUUGCCAAGUUUGACAUGUGACCUUUCUCUGUCUUGUUUGACAUAUGACAUCUGAUUCUUCAUUAUUGAUUGUUUUGAGCACAAAAAAAUCGAAUUAUUCUGUUCAUGAGUGGAUUCAUUUGUUGGUCGGACAAUCACAAGAAGUAUUGUCGACAGCCUAGCGCCAUCGGUAAUAAACAUUUAUCAAAACCAUCGGUAAAGUCGAAAACUGCAGAAUGCCGAUACAUUCAUUAUCCCUACAAUAAUAGCAUUAUGAAAAAAUAAUCUCGUGGUUAAAAGAAAUUAUAAAAUAUUAUUAAAUGUUAGUGCGAAGUAUACGCAAGACGUAGUUGUUGUUCGUGUAUGACCUAACUAUGAAGAAGAAGAAGAAAAAGGAGAAGAGUUAGACGAAUCACCACCUAGAGACUUCAAUGAAAAACGAACGUGAAAAACCUAUUUUGUACGUCGAUAGAAAAACUUUGAUCAAUCACAAUUUCGAAUAUUUAUAUAUACAUUUGCAAUAAUAGAUAGUUUUGCACUAUACUUACAAAGUUACCGAACUAUCGAUGUUCAAAUUGUUAUACCAGGAGCUCUAGAUUUUAUUUUUACAACGAAUAAUCAUCUUCCUGAUGCAUACCUCGAUAGAAGGCCCUCUGGCGGAUGGAGGAGGAGCUUGAAACAGUCGCCGAGAGCGACAUCUACUGCCGUGUAGUACCUACAUCCGUAGGUUAUGUUGUUAUUAUUAAACAGUUGGACAGAUUUAAAUGAGUGUGAUUAGUUUGAUAACGAACAAAUGUGCAUUUAGUCUUUAUUGAUAUUAUAAUUAUAAUAAUCAUGACGCCGACGGAUGUAAAAACUUUAUUUUCGAAAAAUUGUAACGGUCGCUUUCGUAAAAGAAACCAGAAGUCCUUACUUUGUUGAAGCUUGUACUUCUCGUUUCCAAAUGACUUGUUACAUAUAAACGGGUGUCUUUUUACUGCAUUCAUUGAACAUUUAAUUAUUUCGUGGGGUUUUAAUACAUUUUUCAUCUUCGAAAGAUGAAUUUUAGUUUGUUAGAAAACAUUCACGAGGAAAAUCAUUGGAAAAUCGCAACACCAUCUCAUCCAUUUUUAUAAGAGAUGACCCAUUUGCCUUCUCACAAAUAAUGUAACAAGAUACUAUAGUAAAAUAUUUCAUAUCUUUCAAUAUAAAAUGAUUUUCUUCGUAAAAUACAAGAUAGACAAAUAUACUUCGAAUACUUGUCAUCACUGGAAAAAAUUAUUUCUGUUAUAAUCCUUCUAUAGUUCUCCUCAUGAUAGAUACAAUUGUAAACGGAUCUUUGAAAUCGAUACAGUGAUGACAGAUUUUCAUAGCUCAAAACGGCAACAAUAAAAACUAGAUAAUCUGAUCUCUCUUGUGAAUUAGUUUGUAUUUUUAUGGCGAUAAUUUUUUCGAUACAUAUUCUACGCAUAUAUAUUUCGAAUGAUUUGUUCUAUGUUGGUAGUGAAUAUGUUUGUAAAGUAAAUAAUUCUAAUAGUGUUAUUUGAAUGUUGUUUAUUAUUGGGCUUCCUAAAAACUGUCUUCUAUAUUCUGAAAAUCUUAGUGUAAGCUGCUACACCAAAUGCUCAUAUACAUACUUCUUUUCGAAAAUUUCGAAAUAUCGACUUAAAAGUUCUGAAGUUGAAUUUUUUUCAAUUUUUCAUAAUAUGUGUAAAAGAUAAGAUUAUAAGUUCUCACAAAUCGGUAUAGUGUUUAUUUUGUAUUUCAUUUCAUCGAUAUUAUAAUUAGGUAUAUUCUUAUGUAUUUGUUCAACUGUUAUAUUUUUGACGAAUUUCUGAAAUCAGAUUUUGUUGCAGUAGCUCUUGCACACCAUGAAAGUAGAAUUUGCAGCAAGAAUUGUUGAUUAGGAAGAAAUUUAUUUUUAAAGUAUCACUUUUUUUGCGGGAGACUUUCAAAUAAUGCUCGUGAAACAUGAAUGUUGUUCAUAUUUACGAAAUAUGAUACUUAUUACAGACAGUCACCCAAUAAUUAUGUAAUAAUUUCACAGUAUCAUUGCAACAUUCGAAAAAAAAAACUAAAGAGGAUUUCGAAAAUCUUUCUCCAUCGUUUUUUGUGUUUUCAAGGUUUUUAAUAUCUCCAGAAUGUUGUAACGGUACUCAAAACUUGCCACGCUUUCGAAAAAUCUGCUCACUAAAUGCAAGGGCGUAAGCAAAAUUGUUAUAUAACUUGAUACGAGCUCAAAGCUCUUUAGAAACCACCAAAAUCGAUGCAUAUAAGAAUAAUUACACGAAACCCCCUUCUUGGGAAUAAUUAUUUUUUGACAAUCCCUGGCAAAAAUCCCGAAAAUAAUAUCCGUAAAACUUUUUCAUAUGAAACAAAUUUUUUCACCAGGCCUCAUCUUACUCAAUCAUUGGUAUUGGUGGAGAUUUUCAAGAGUGAGUAAGAAAUUUCUUAUAGGAGAUUUUUUAUACAAGCGUUCUCCAGAAACUCAAUAAAAGAAAGUAAUCAUUUUCAAAAAAGAACAAUCGCAUUACCAAUAUCGAGAGAACUUUCGUUACAAAAUUUGAUCAUGAAGUUUCUGGACACUUGUGUAUUUUUCACAUAACUCCAUGGUGCCAUAGAAAAUUCUUACUCCGUAAUAUUGAAAAAAAAAAUGGGUAAUUCAAAUUUCACUUCCAUCAGUAUGUUAAUUGUUAACUUAAAAGCUGUUAAGUAAUGUUAAGAACAAAUAUGGUCGCGAAUUGUAAUAUAUUGUAUCAAAAUGCUCAUGCGACUUAGGAUCGAGUAAAUAAAAGUGUAUUCCACUGUA